AUGGAGGGAACAAAACCAGUCCCGAGAAUUAUCCAGCUCGCGGCCACUAUCAGCAGCUCAGUGCUCAAGAUCCAGGAGACCCUGGAUAUCCUGGGUGCACCCUCGCCGUCUUUUGAUGAGAAUGCUUCUCCUCUUCCAAUAGACAUUGGUAAGGCUCAGGAUGCUGUCCUUGAUGCCACGGCCGAGCUUUAUGAUUUGCUCACGGAGCCCUCGAAUAUCAUUCAUCGAUCCGCUAGAAGUGACAAGUCGGCCUGUCUGCAAGUCAUUUCUCGCUUUGGUAUUGCCGGACUUAUACCGCCUGAUGGCCAGGCUUCAUUUGGUGAAAUUGCCAAAAAAACGCCACUGACUGAGCAAAUGGUUGGCCGUAUUAUUCGUCACGCAGCGAUGAUGCGUAUUUUCUAUGAGCCAGAGCCAGGUAUCGUGAAGCAUACGAAGGCAUCAAGAAUGCUGGCCCGUCCAGACGUGAGGGACUGGAUGAGAGCUGGUAUUGAGGAAUUGGGUCCUGCAGGCGGAAAGGGAUUUUCUCUCGCAAACGAUACCACAGGGUCCAUUUACGACGUUAUUGCAGCAGAUCCUGACCGAGCCGCCCGCUUCGGAAAUGCAAUGAAGGUGAUGACGUCGAGGCCUGCGUUUGACUUGUCCUAUGGCACAGACUACUACGACUGGGAAUCCCUGAGGGAGGCCCAAGUCGUAGAUGUUGGAGGUGCCCAGGGUCAUUUUGCAAUAGCGCUUGCAAAACGAUAUAGUCAGCUCCGUAUCAUUGUGCAGGAUAUGACCAAGAUGGUCGAGAACGCUGAUGCAGGAGAUUUAGCGGACAGAGUUCGCUUUAUGGCCCACGACUUGUUUGAUCCCCAACCAAUCAGGGCUGAUGUGUAUUUCUUCCGAUGGAUCUUCCACAACUGGUCGGAUAAGUAUUGUAUUCAGAUACUCAAGGCGCAGAUGCCGGCACUGAAGCCAGGGGCAAGGCUUAUUGUGCAAGAAGCCCUUAUGCCAGAGACCGGCUCUGUAGCCUAUUGGAAGGAAAGAGACUUCAGGUCAAUGGAUCUGGAAAUGGCCUAUACCUUCAACGCUCGGGAAAGGACUCUGGCAGACUGGAAGGCCUUGUUUGUAGCCGCUGAUCCGGCAUUUGUCCUGAAGAAAGUUGUAGACCCUCCAGGUUCCGCCAUGGGACUUCUCGAAUUUGUGUGGGAGGGCUGGAAUAGGCCUGCAAACUAG